GCGCCUUGGCUCCGCUGUGCUCUGCGUCCCGCGGAGCUCCGCCGUGCCCGCAACGGUCUGCAGGACCAGGAGCUCUCGCGGCCGGAACCCCGUGGCCCCGGGUGGCCGCUGCGGCCCGAGCAGCUUGGCGAGGAAAGAUGGCCGCCCUGACGACGGUCGUGGUGGCGGCGGCGGCCACCGCGGUAGCCGGGGCUGUGGCGGGGGCGGGCGCGGCCACCGGGAGCGGAGUGGGAGCAGCGCAGGUGCCGCAACAGAAUGAUAGCUGUUUCGGUAGUUCAGGUGGGAUUCGUCCUUUUCAGCUUCAAAACUGGAAGCAGAAAGUUAGUCGGACAAAGAAAGCAGAGUUCAUACGCACAGCAGAAAAAUUAAAAAAUCAAGUUAUUAACAUAGAAAAAGAUAAACACAGUCAUUUCUACAACCAAAAAAGUGACUUCAGAAGUGAGCAUAGUAUGCUGGAAGAAUUGGAAAAUAAAUUGAUUAACAGCAGGAAAACAGAAAGAGCAAAAAUCCAGCAACAAUUGGCCAAAAUACAUAACAAUGUAAAGAAACUUCAGCACCAGUUAAAAGAUGUGAAGCCUACACCUGAUUUUGUUGAAAAGCUCAGAGAAAUGAUGGAAGAAAUUGAAAAUGCGAUUAACACUUUUAAGGAAGAGCAGAGGUUGAUAUAUGAAGAGCUUCUUAAAGAAGAGAAAACCGCCAAUAAUGAGUUAAGUGCCAUAUCAAGAAAAAUCGACAUGUGGGCUUUGGGUAACUCAGGAGCAGAGGCAGCUUUCAGAGCCAUGUCAGGCAAGCUUCCUGUAGACAGAGAAAUGCUGAGCACUCUUCCAGAAGAAGUGGUAGAUUUCGAAAAAUUCCUUCAGCAAACAGGAGGGCGACAGGGGGGCUGGGAUGACUAUGACCACCAGAACUUUGUGAAGGUGAGAAACAAACAUAAAGGGAGGCCUACGUUCAUGGGAGAAGUUCUAGAAAACCUUCCUGGAAGAACGCAGGAGGAAGUUCAGCAGCACGAGAAAUGGUAUCAAAAAUUUCUGGCCCUGGAAGAAAGAAGAAAAGAGUCUAUUCAGAACUGGAAAACCAAAAAGCUGCAAAAGAAGGAGGAAAUUUUCAAGUUGAAGGAAAAGGCAGAGAACAUCUCUCUGCUCCUGCACAAUAAAAAAGAAGAUAAUCAGAAGCGAGAAGAGGAGCAAAGAAAGAAGCAGAAACUGGCAGUGGAAGCGUGGAAGAAGCAGAAAAAUCUCGAAAGAUCAAUGAGGCGUGCCUCCCAGGUGAAAGAAGAAGCAGAGAAAGAGAAGCAUCAGCAGAAAGAGCGCCGUCGCCAGUUUAAACUAAAAGUGCUCCUGGAGAGUUACGCCCAGCAGAAGAAAGAGCAGGAAGCAUUUCUGAGGCAUGAAAAGGAGAUGAGGGAAAAGGCAGAAAAGGCCGAAAGGAGGAAAACCGCUGCCAAGGAGAUCUCCAGGUUUCAGGAACGAGAUUUACAUAAACUCGAAUUGAAAAUUCUAGAUCGACAGUUAAAGGAAGACGAAAAGGCAGAAAAACAAAGGAAACUGGCAAAAUUAAAAGAAAAGGUUGAAAACAACGUUAGUAGAGAUCCCUCUAGGCUUUACAGACCUACCAAAGGUUGGGAGGAACGGACCAAGAAGACGGGACCCACAAGCUCUGGGCCACUUCUGCAUAUCCCACACAGGGCUAUUCCAACCUGGAGACAAGGACUUGACAAAAGAAUAUGAGAUAAUGAAGUUGGUAUUCAGUUGAUGAGAAUGUCAGCAUAUUCAUACCAGGAGAGAGUCACUAACCAUGUUCUUUAAAUAGUACUAGCCCCAGUCAGAUUGAUAACUGUGUUGUAUGUGAAUCGACAGGUACUGAGUUUCAUGUGGCAUUAUUGUAGCUCAUGUUUAUACUCAGAGGGUAUUUAAUGUGUAUGUUGGUCUAUUAUUGAUGUAAACGUUUUUUGAAUAAGUGUAUGUUACAAACAUGAUUUCAUUUAAAUACUAGAACAUUUCAAAGAUAUUUUGUUUUUGUUAUGGCAUAGCAAAAUAAGUUGGGACAAUCAUAGAGUAACUUUUUUUUUAAACAAAAAUUUUUUAACAUUUAUAACUUGGAUGUGAAUUAGCUCAAGUAACAAAAUGCAAAGGUUUUCCUUUUUUGGGGGAAGUAAGUUAGUACUUUUCUAAGUUUAACAAAUUGGUAGUUUGUCAGUUGUUACAUUUUUGUGUAAUAAAUAUUUUGUAUUUGUUGGAAGCAUGCUUUGUUUUAUAUAGAGAUUAUUUAUUUUAAAAAUAUGCCUCACCUCAUAUAUAUAUAUGCUAUUAUUUGUAUUAUCGAUAUCUUUUUGGUUUCCUUUAGCUAUUCCCAAUUUCCCUUUAGCCUUUCUGGAUGUCACACAUUUAUAAAGCCUUUGUGUCUAU